AGCAGGCCUAAUUAGUUUAGUAAUUAAAGAAAUUAAUAACAAUCAUUUUUAGACCUUAUACUUGUUGAUUGUUAACAUGAUGAUCUAGUUCAAAUACUUGUUUCAUUGUCUUUAGUUUGAUUCCUUUCUCGUUUUCGUGGCUUUUAUUGCUAGGCCUUGUUAUUUUAGUAUCAUACCACGAAAGUAAACAAUUGACCAAGGGCUAGAUGCACUGGAGCAGCCGCAGUCUCUUGGUAAGAUUAAGGCCUAGGCUGCACACGUUUAUUGUUUGAUUGUGGCGUCGAGUAUGGACAGAUUUUCUGGGUUUCUUUUCGAUUCCAGUAAAGUUAGUACAAGUGACAGUCUUCUAGAUCCAGAUAUGGAGUACAAGGUUAAACGAGUUACUGAGAAAUUUUCAGAGAGUCUUCACAUAGUAGCAAAUGAUCCGUCUUUGGCUAUGUAUCGAAUACAAGAACAUAUUAGAAAGUCACUACCUCACCAGGCUCAAUGCAAGGCCGAUCUGACAUUACUACAUCAAGAUGUGAUAGGUCACGGUUAUGAUGUCAGCUAUGCCAUCAAUGCCGUAGAAGCUAUGCAUGGAAGCCAGAAGCCAUUUAGCAAUAUUGAGGCCCUCUUGAGAUCAUCAAUUCAUCAUAAACAACAACUUGAUGAACGAUCGGCUGCACUUAGAGAACAAUCAAAGACAGAAAAAAAGCCAAGUUCAGGUACCAGUCCACAAAGACAACUUUUGUCAGGCCGCCCUUCCAAUGACGACAACCCAAGAUCAUCAGAUACAAAUAUUAACUGAUAAUUGGUCAAUGAGGUGUGGAGUUGUAAUGGACACAAUCGGUGAAUGGAGUCAUGUGGCUUUUUAGCAGU